AUGUUCAAGAAAGGGUAUGUGGCACAAGGGCAGAAUCUUCUAUCCAAGAAGGAUCUGAAAGCUCUCAAAGGGCAGCUCACCGAGCUCUUCCCCAGCCUCGAUGAGAAAAUGCUGGAUGAGAUCUUGCCGGAGGGUCAAGCCAAGGUUGUGAAGCUGGACAACCGGUGCUUGCUUUAUUCCUGCGGUGACGCAGCUCCGGCCUUCUUUGAUUCAGAGGGUCGAGGGGAGUUCUACCCGACGCUGCACACGCUCUGGCAAUUCCCGCACAUCAUGCAGGAGCUGACUAUUCAUCCGCCUGUGUCGAAAUUCGUGUUGAACGGUGCCGACCUGAUGCUGCCCGGCGUUCUGGUGCCUGCAAACGGCGUCGCCGGUUUCGGAACUGUGACGAAGGGCCAGCCACGGUGCAUCAAGAUUGAUGGCAACCCGUAUCCUAUCGCGGUUGGGCGAAUGGUGGUGAACCAAACACAGAUGGAGAAGUUGAAAGGCAAAGGCAUGGAGGUGAUGCACGUGUACAGAGACGCUUUGUGGGCGCAGUGUGGCAAGGUGAAACCCAAUGCCGGUUUCUCAGACGAGGAGGAGGUAGCUCCGUGUGCAGACAGCAAUUGGAAGCCUGGCGCGGCGAGCGCAGAGGCCAAUAGCACGGCGGAGCCUACGUCGGAGGCCCCAGCCGCAGCGUCCGCAGCGACGGCAGCACCAGGAGGCGGCAAAGCUGCCGAUGACUGGACGCAGGAUGACCUCUUGGACUUCACCUUUCUGCAAGCCUUCAAACAAGGGCUUGCAGAUGACAAGGCCCUGCCCAUAGAAGCUUCUGAGCUCUACGAGAAGCACAUGAAGCCAGCGAGGCCUGAGGGAACCACCUUGGACGUUAAAAAGUCGUCUCACAAGCAGAUCGGCAAGUUCUUGAAUGCCAUGCGUAAAUCCAAAGCUAUCGACGUCACCGAGAAGAAGGGUGUCAUCCAUGUAUCCAAAGUUGACCGCAAGCACAAGGUGUUUGUCAGUCUCGAAGAAAAAUUCGCAGAACAGGUGGCUGCUGCCCCCGUGGCCGCGGUGGCUGCGGCUGUGACUCCGGCAGGUUUGCCGCCGCCCAAAGUGACGGCGAUGUGGAAGCCCUCGCAUUACCUAGAGCCGAUCUGGAAGGCCAUGGGCAAGAAAAAAGACGAGCUGUACACUUGGGAUGAGGCAAGAGCCAUAGUGUUCAGCUACAUCGAGCAGGAGGGUCUUGGCAAGCCCGAUGGGCCGAUCAAGAUGAGCGAUGGCCUCCUGACGGCGCUCUGGAAGACGGCCGGCGGGCAGAAGAAGGACCAAGAAUGGCCCACAGAGGUCGAUGCGGAGCAGGUCGAGGAGAAGCUCGAAGACCGGCUGCAGCAGCAUGCUGCCAUCGACGUGGCUGGUGUCGGCGUGACGACCCGAAAGGGUGCGCCCGUGAACAUCGCCAUCUCUCUGUCCCGGAAAGGGGCCCACAAUGUCACGAGGAUCUGCAAUCUCGAAGCUUACGGCCUUGCUCCAGAGGCCUUGGGGGACGAGCUGAAGAAGAAGCUGAAUUGUACAGUUUACAUCGAAGACAUGCCUGGCAAGAACGUGAAAGAGAAGAUGCUGCAACUGCAGGGUCACGUCGACCAGGAAUUCGCGCAGUUUUUGGAACAGAGGUAUGGGAUUACAAAGAAGUUCUUAGAGGUGAAGUGA